AUGCAGUCUUUGAAUCACGUGGGACCUGUGUGUGCGUUGGCGGUUUUCGCCGAGCGGUACUUGUUUUGUGGGCAGGGUCCGAGUUUGGAGGUUUAUGAGAUCGAAUCUGGCGCGAAACUGGCCCGUUGUCAGGUGUUUGACCGCAACAAGAUCCAUGGCAUUCGUGUUUUCGGAGACGUGCUGAGUACUGCCACGAUUUGUGUGUGGGGUGGCCGUUCUUUGAGUGUUUUCCGGUACAGCGAUCUGUCAGGGCCGCUGCCAUGCUACAUGGUUGGCGACUGGAUUAAAGAAGCGCAGUUUUCCAACGACGGUAGCAGAUUGUACUGUUUGCAUGCACACAACGUUGUGUGUUGCAUUGACGUUUCUGGCCGCAAACUGGUGGACACACGCGAUUGCGGCGAAAAGAGCAUUCUUUACUCGGGCAGUUUGCAUGUUUCCAAGGACAGAGUUCUUGUUUGUUCGGGAACGGUGAUGGACGGUAUUCUUAUUUGGGACUACGAGACACGGCAAGUGGUUCGUCGUUUGCACGGCCACCAGGGGUCGAUCUUCAACAUCACUACGAGCGCCGAUGGGAAAUGGUUGGUGAGUUGCUCGGACGACCGGUCCAUCAAGGUGUGGAGUCUGGAAACGGGCGAGGUGGCAGCCACGGGGUGGGGCCAUAUUUCUAGAAUUUGGUGGCUUGAGAUUUUUGCGCUGGAACAGGACAAGUUCCAGAUCUUCAGCGGGUCCGAGGACUGCACGUGUCGCAAGUGGCGGUUUGAGGCUGACCGGUCGGAGCUGGAACCGUUGGAGGUGUAUGAGACUCAUACGGGAAGAAACGUGUGGAGUGGAGCUGUGAGCGAGAAACUGAGACUAGGAUUCAGUGGAGGAGCAGACGGGGCCAUCACGACGAGCGAUUUGCAGGAGUCGAGCCGCCAUGGGGCUGAGUUCCAGACGUGGUCGCUGGCCGAAAUUGAGGUCGAGAUAGGCGUCCCGUUUGCUCGUGACGAGUUCAUCAAGGAGUACCACGACUCGGGCAGUAGUUUGGUGGCCGUUUCCAGCUACGGAAAGGUGCUUGCACUGAAGAACAACUCGUGGGAGCUUGUUCUGGAGGACGCGCGGUUUGCGCGGUUCUCGCUCGUGUGCGGGUUCUCGAACGGGGCGACCGUGGUUGCCAGCAAGAACGGAGAGCUGCUGGUUCUUCACGGAGCAGAAAAGAGAGAGCUCAAGCUGAACUUCGAGCCAAAUUCAGUGAUUAACAACGUGCUCACGUGCGAAAAGGACGGCCGCCUAUUUGUGCUUGCCGAGAGCGUUCGUCGCGAGCCGCUUAUUCUGCUUGAGCUCGACACAGCCAUGAACCUGGUUCAGGAGACCAGACUGUCCAAACCAGAUCAAAAGUUCAGUAUCAGCGCAUUUGACGUGGACACCCAUUUCAACAGAGUCGUUGUUGGGUCGCGGUUUGCUACAUUGGCCGUUUUUGACGGUGACAAGCACACUUUAUGGCCAAACUUCUUAAAAGGUGACACUGUCUCCAGUGUCAAGAUUAUUGACGGUUCCGCAUUGAAGGUGCUGGUGGUCAUGAAAGACAGAGAGUACGCGAUCGUGGACUGCUCCAACGGACUAACAAUGCUGCAGACAAACCGCAUCCAGCGCGGGUUCCUGGAAGGUGGCUACUUCCACAACGGUGAUCUGAUUCUUUACGGGUUCAAAUCCGACACUUUCUUCGUUUGGAACGAGACCAAACAGUACGAACUGUUUAGAGAACUGUGUGGCGGCCCGCACAGACAGUGGUCGUUCCAAACAGGACAAUUUGGGUUCCGGUUCUUCUACACCCGCAGCUCCAGCAUUCAUUACCGGCAAACGGGGCAAAAAGUGGCUCCCGAGGUGUACUCCACAGGACUGCAUGGACGCGAGGUGCGGUCGAUGGCCACCUGUGCCAUUUCCAACGGCCUACUGCUCGUGACCGGGUCCGAAGACACAACCGUCAGACUGUCGGUGCUGAAUACCGACGGGUCGAUCGACCCGCUCUGGUGCGAGAGACAGCACGGGUCCGGGUUGCAGUCUGUUCAUUUCGUUAACAGCGAGUUCUUCCUGAGUUCCUCGGCGCGCGAGGAGGUGUUCCUGUGGAAGAUCCACGAAAACCAGUACUUGAACCUUCACCGCACGAUCAAGCCGCGCAGCUCCAACCCGGAAACCAGAGUGAUGGACUUUGACACCGUGCAGGUGACAGUGAACGACACAGUGGCCGGGUUUGUGGUUGCCACCGUCUACUCGGACUCCACCAUCCGGCUGUGGUACUACAGCUACGGGGCCAACACUUUUGUACUGCUAGUGGAACACACCUACGCCAGUUGUUGUCUGCUCAACAUUCGGCUUGUGGUGCUGGACCAGAUCUACAUGGUGAUAGGAGCCACCAACGGCCAUUUGGCCGUAUACAAAGUUGCCGAGCUGGACGAAUGGUUCAGGACUAGCGAGUCGGGUCUUUCUCUGGUGAACGAGCCAACACACGCGGUCGGAACCGUGCAGAAACUGAACCAGCUGCUCAUCAACCAGCAGAUCCACCAGUCGUCGAUCAAGUCGUUCGAUCUGGCCGUCACUGACGGGAAGGCCGUGGUGGUCACGGGCGGCGACGACAACGGUCUUGCGGUGUCCAACCUGGACCUGCGGUCCGAGCAGCUCACCAGCACGUUCUUUGCCGACGCAGCCUCGUCUACAAUCACCGAUGUGGCUCUUUUGGGAGCCGACCGCGUGGUGACCACGUCCGUGGACCAGAUCGUGCGGGUCUGGACUCUCGCGACGCUCGAGCUUGUGCACGAAAAGUACACCACCGUCGCAGACACGGGUUGUGUUGCUGUGGCAGACAACGUUGUUGUUGUUGGCGGAGCCGGUGUGGAGGUGUUCCAGGUGUCAGAAUAA